AUGUCAGGGGUGCAGUGGUGCGAUCUAUGUAAGGUGCAUCUGUCGUCAGAAGCAUUGCUACAUAUGCACAAUAAUGGCAAACGUCACCACAGAAAGGUUGUAGAGCGUGAUGCGUUACAGGCCUUAGCCGCUCGGUCGGUAUUUAUUUCUGGAUUAAAUCCUGAAAUCGUCAUCACCGAAGACGAGAUUUCAGAGGCCCUGAGCUGUUUUGGAAAAGUAGAAAAGAUUCAUUUAGAUAUUAGAAGAGGCAAAUAUGUGAUCGUAGAAUUUGAUCAGGAAUUUUCGGCUCAUAAAGCUGUUUUUGAAGAUAAAAUCCAUAUUGGGCAUCAAGUCGUACCUAUACGAGCACGAAAAAUAAAUUUCGACCAAUGUAAGACAAAGUCAAAGAUAUAUGCGAUCGACACUAAUAAACUUAUUAAUGAAAUUAAUGGCUUAGCCACAUUUGCUGGGCAAGUAGACAAUUUAUUGGAGCUGUAUUGUCUUAGUGAUGUCGAGAUCGCAGAACGAAUCAAAUGUACCCAUACGCUUACAGUGGCACUUAGUGAUUACUUUUCGUCAGAUGUUCAUAUCCGAAUUUUUGGCUCUUCAUCAACAUCUCUCGGUACAAAGGGUUCUGACAUUGAUGCAAGUUUAUUUUUCAAUAUAUCACUUACGAAAGCACAUUGUGCGGGAGAUUUAGUGAGGAAUAAAUAUACAUUGAUGACAUGCGAUGUUACUGCAUUAAGAGGACGUAAAAUUUGUGCUGAAGAAUAUUCUAGGCUCACCGAGGCUGAUCGUGUUCGUUUGCUGAAUAAAAUAAUGAACGACAUACGAAAGCGUGGUACAGCACCUGUCAGUGAUCAAUACCCAAUCUUGGAUGCUCGUUGUCCACUUGUACGACUUACUGUUAAUCGGAAGCAUAUUGUGGACUUAUCUGUGGAUAAUUAUCUUGGCUACGCAAAAUCUAGUUGGCUGAGAAGUGUCGCACAUUGUGAUUCCUCACAACUUAUUCGAAAAUUUCUUGUAUCCUUCAGGUUUUGGGUUCACACAAAUGAGUUGUUGAAGACUGAUGAAAAGCAGUGUUCACAUUUCAACGCCUACAUAUUGAACUUACUAUGCGUAACAUAUUUGCAACUGUGCAAUUAUAUACCACCUCUUCAACGUGCUGAAAAAGAAGUGAUUGUAAACGGGUGGAGGAUUGAUUUUAUUGUUGUUGAUGUGGAUUUAUCCUGUCUGACACUUGACAAAUUGUUUAAGGAUUUUUUUAUUUGGUUCAUUCAGCUGAAGUUGAAAAACACCAUACUGUGUCCCUAUGUAGGUAACGCAGUUUCAUUCGAUCAGUUCCAACAGCUGUAUCCAGACAGCAGCAUUCAGGACGCUUUCAAACUUGCACAUUUGAAUAUACAGGAUCCAUUGGAAUGGUCGCAUAAUGUUUCCAUAUUGGUUUCUGAGAAAUGCAUCGGUGCAAUGCGUCGCAAGAUGAUGUUUGCAUUGUCGCGUAUGAAAAUAGUUCCUGACUCAUUCUUAGCCAUAUUGCAAGAAGCAUGUAGUACUGAUGCUGGAACGAAAUCGUCUUUAGAGUGUGUACUGAAAAUCAACGUUGAUGAUUAUCAAGCGAAUCAAUGCAUGGAUGCAGUAAAUUAUAUUUUCGUCAAUAUUUUAGCAUUCUCACCAGCUGUGGAACCAUUUGAGAAGCGACCACGACUUGAUAGUACACUCAAUGAGUUGUCUCGUAUCUAUUUGGCUAAGCAACGUACUUGGGAGGGUCGGAGACAAAAACGGCGUCAAAUAAUGCGAGAAAAUCCCAUAGUCUCAAACGAUUCAUUGGCUUUGGAGGAGGCAGUUACACAGCAAAUUAGCCAGAUCAGUGAGGAAACAUCUCUUUGUUUCAAAACAUAUGUGAAACAAAAAGCUGCAGAAUAUUUCCUUAAAUUCGUUUUGAUCAGUGGAUCACCGGUUGAAUUUAACAGUCUCAUUCAUUUUUUACAAUACUUUAUUCCUGCUCAUCUCAACAGUUUACUCAAGACUUACUCAAGAACCAUUUGA